ACCGACAAUCCUUCCUCUCUUUUCCUCCUCACCCACACAUUUCCGCUGCAAAUAUCACCCUGACUUUUCAGUCAAUUUCAUUCGUUAUACAGCAUACCUAAUUGCUCUACCUUAUAAAUACUUAAUCCUCGACAACCAACGCUCUACACGAGUCACUUAAUACCAGACAACUCAGUCAAAAUGAAGUUCUCCGUUGCUGCUCUUGCUUUCGCCGCUGGCGCCUCUGCUUCCUACCCGGUCGCUAGCGAACCUGCUGCCUACCCCGUAUCCAGCGCCAGCGAGUCCGCUGCUGUCUCCAGUGCUAGCGAGUCUGCCUCCGCUUCGUACCCGGCUUCCAGCGCUUCCGCCUCGUUACCCGUCGUUAGCUCUUCAGCCUCUGCUCCUGCCUCUUACCCGGCUGUCAGCUCUUCGGUCUCGGCCUCUGCCGCUACUUCGUUCCCGGCCGGAAACGCUACCUCCGCUACUCAGUACACCACCGAGGUCGUUACCUCGUACGAGACCUACUGCCCCGGCCCUACUCAGAUCACCUACGGCACCAACACCUACACUGUCACUGAGGCCACCACCUUGACCAUCACUGACUGCCCUUGCACCAUCAGCAAGCCCAUCUACACUACCUCGUCAGUUUCCUGCGCUACUUGUGCUCCCGCCAACAGUGCUCCCGCCAGCAGUGGCCCGGCCCCUCCUACUUACCCUACUUCGGUCCCGGUUCCCGCCAGCUACCCUAACAGCACCGCCCCCGUCAACACCCCCACCCAGGUUUACCCUACCGGUGGUGCUCCCGGUGUUCCCAGUGCUUCCACCUCGGCCACCGCCAUCCCCACUGCGGGUGCCGGUAAGGUUGCUGCCCUCUCCGGAGCUGGCCUCGCUGGUCUCCUCGGUCUUGCCGCUGCUCUUCUGUAAGCGUGCAGCUUCAGCUCAAUAUCCGAGUCUAUGACCUACGAUUCUCCUUUGUUCGAUAGUACCUAAUAUACGGUGAUCGCGAGGGAUGCUUCCGACGCUCAUGACAGGAAGCAGACUGGAGUUGUGAAUGGGAUGGAGGAAGUGUUUAGACAGGGAUUGUUAACGGCACGGUGUUCUGCAUUGCACUAUGGAGUAUAACGACCACGCAUGCGGGAACUAAUUUUGAUUCUUGUAAUUUCUUGUCUCGGUAUUUCGGGCUACCAAUCAAAUAUAACCAUGGAGGAUUACAUUGUGUGAGGUCUCCUGGCACUUGGAAUGGUCGGGGAGGUUUUUGGAAUCUGGAGCGGAUAUUUCCUGGCGGAUACUUGGAUGGAAAAAAUCACUUCGUUUCGGAGCCUUUGGACAAAAUCAAACCAUUUCAAUCUUCACCUUACCCGUCUUCACCCAGGAAGUUUCAAUUCUCGUGCUCUUGCUAAUUACUGACUUCUCUUUCAUGUACAAAUUUGGAGAGUCAAGCUUUGUUAAUAUUUUCGGCAAGAGUUGCAACAUGACCUAUCUGUUGUCUUCGGCUGGAUGUUUUAUUGGUCUCUGGACAAAUUCUUCUGUGCUUACGGAGUCCUUGUACGGUAGUUCAAUGGCAACGUAAACAUGGCUGGGAGGCCAAGUUUUGGUCUGGCA